UAACGGUCUAAAUUUGAGGUUAAGCUUAUUUGUUUCGUUUAUAUUACAAAUAAUAAUUAAUUUCAUAGAAAAUAUUCAAUUUCGUCAAGCAUACGAAAAAUUGAACCAUAAAAAAUGAAACUAAUAGGUACUUAAUACAUUAAAAAGCAUUUAUAAUAAUUUCCUGUCACUAAAUCACAAAUUUUUAUAACGUCGUGUAUUAAUUCUCGUAAACUCUAUAUACUAUUCCGAUAAUUAAAACUAGUUAAGUGAUAAAAACUACUCGGCUAUCGUAAAUUAUGGAAAUUUCAACCUAAAUGAUCUUAUAAAAAAAUCACUUGCAAAUUAUAGUUUAAAUAGUUUUAUUUUAAAAUAAUAUCGUGCAGUGUUUUGUUGCUUUAUUACUAGAAACAUGCUUUUAACGGUUCUAUUUGCAAUAAUUGCAUCCAGUUUAGCAAACCACUGCGACUUUAAAACCAACAAAAUAUUUACAGUGAACGUGUAUAAGGAACUAGUUAAUCAAUCCGGGAAUGAUAAUUUGGUCGCGAGUGGACUUUCCGCUAAAAUUGUUUUAUCUUUGCUAGCCAACGGCGCUAAAGGAGAUACUUUAAAUCAACUACUGAAAGGACUAAAUCUACAGGACGAUAUAAAAUCUAUAAAUAAUGCAAAUAAACAAAUUUUAACUAAUUUAAAUAAAAAUGAAGUUGAUUUGAGUCUGGUAUUAGCAAAUAAAAUCUACCCAGCGCAGUAUUGUUCUAUUACGGAUAAAUUCAAUGCAACAGCCGUUGAAUAUUAUAGCAGUUCUAUAGAAACUGUAGAUUACGCCAAUCCGUCGAAUGCAGCGAAUAUUAUUAACCAAUGGGUAGAGAAACAAACCAAUCACAGAAUUGAGGACUUGAUUGACGCUUCCUUACUGACCACCUCGACUGCGCUGGUUCUAGUAAACGCUCUUUAUCUGAGCGGUAAAUGGCAGCACGAAUUUAAAAAGGAUAAUACCGAAAAAGGGGAUUUUCACGCGGUUACCGGUACCAAACAAAUGGAUAUGAUGUUCACUGAAGCUUUAUGUAAAUACAGCUACAGUGAAAAAUUCAAAGUUAAGUAUUUGGAAUUGAAUUUGGUGGGCGAACAAGUGAGCGUCGUUUUUAUAUUACCAGAUGAUUUGAAAGGGCUGAAAAAAAUCGAGGAAAAUUUGGCGGAAUACAUCGAAAAACGGGAUAUGGAAGAAGUUGCUGUUGCGAUUACGUUACCCAAAUUUAAAAUCACUUCCAAAAUCGAUUUCAAACCAAUAUUAAAAUCGCUGGGAAUCGAACGAAUAUUCACGAAUGAAGCUGAUUUAUCCGGAAUCUCGAAUAAUAGUAAAUUGAUUGUUGAUUUUAUUUUACAAAAAGCGUAUAUCGAUGUUAACGAAGAAGGAAUAGAAGCAGCAGCUGCAAGUGCAAUUGGGAUAAGCCGAAUGUCUGCUAUUACAGUAAAUGUUAAUUACACGUUUACUGCCGAUCAUCCAUUUUUAUUUUACAUUAAAGAAAAUAAUUACGACCAAAUAUUAUUUAUAGGCAGAUUUAACCAAUUCUUCUUCGACAGCAUAGUUGCCAAGAUGUAUUUCGGGUUUUUUAUUUUAUCCUUAGCGUUAAUAGCCGGUUGUAACUCUGAUAAUGUAAAAAGUAUAGUUCAAGGUAACGAUGAAUUUACUGUGAAAACCUACAAGGAACUGCUCAAAAUUUCUGCCGAUAAUUUCGUUUUCAGUGGAUUGUCUGCGGAAACGGUAUUAGCCUUGUUGGCCAACGGGGCUAAAGGAGAAACAAGGAGUCAACUUUUAAAAGGACUUAGUUUACCAGAAAAUCUAGAAUCAACUAACAACGGUUACAAAGAAUUGCUUCCGAGUUUAAACAUCGAUAAAGAAGCGUUAAAAUUAUCUUCAGCUAACAGAAUAUAUCCAGCAAAAGGUUUUUCCAUAACUGAAGCUUUCAAUAACACAGCAGUCAACGUUUACGAAUCAGGUGUACAGAACUUAGACUACACCAAUCAACAAGCAGCAGCUAGUACCAUCAAUCAAUGGGUUGAAGAGAAAACUAAUAAUAAAAUUAAGAAUCUCAUAGAUCCAAACAAGUUAUCUUCUUCGACGGUACUAGUUUUGGUGAAUGCUUUGUAUUUCAGCGGAGAAUGGACAGAUCAUUUCGAUUAUGUAUCGAAAGGACCUUUCUUCACUUCGGCUACUGCUUCCAAAGAAGUUGAUUUUAUGCGAACGGAAACUUGGGCUAAAUAUAGCCACGAUGAUAAUUUGAAAGCUACGUUUUUGGAAAUGGAUUUCAUAUAUGGAAACGUUAGUAUGACUUUCGUUUUACCAGACAGUCGAACUGGGUUAACAGCCACAGAAAAUAAUUUACAAGAAUAUUUGAAACCGAAAAAAAUGGAAUAUGCAAGAGUUGCUGUUACAAUACCUAAAUUUAAAAUCGAAACUACUAUCGAUUUUAAGCCGAUUUUACAAUCAUUCGGAAUCGAAAAAAUCUUUACAAAUGGUGAUUUGAGUGGAAUAUCCAGUGAAGGCCCAUUGAAGGUUGACUUCGUGGUACAAAAGGCGUUCAUUGAUUGCAAUCAAAAAGGAGUCGAAGCUGCGGCAGCAACAGCAGUUGGAGUAGCACUUUUGUCUGCAAAUAUAAACCCAGCUCCAAAAUACAUUUUUAAAGCGGAUCAUCCCUUCUUCUUUUACAUAAGAGAGAAGAAUUUGGGUGUAACACUUUUUGCAGGAAGAUUUCAACAGUAACACCAAAACAAGCUAAAUUCAACCAAUUAUUAAAGAUGAUACACUUGUACUUGUUCUAGAAAUAAAUAUAUAUCAAAAAACACGUAUUUUUUUAACUAAUCAGUCGUAAUUUGAAACCUAACAUAACCUCUUAAAACAGCAUCUCAAACUAAAUAUACCAAAAGUUGUCGCAGCUUUAUAUGAUAACUUAUCGUUUUUAAUUUGGAACGAAGAAGAAUAUACGUAACAGAAGAGGACCAGUGGCAAAAUUUUGACCUUAUAUCAAGAAAUUUCAAUCAAAUACGAACCCCCAUAUUUUCAAAACAUACAUUUUCAAUAUUCUCAUUUUUUCAUCUUUUUGAACUAAGGUAAUUAAUAAAAUCACUUACUUACAAACUAACCGGGACAUUUGGCGAUACAAAAAUAAUUUUAAUAUAUUGUCCUAUGCACUUAAACCACACUAUAAAGAGAUAGAAUUAAUCAGAAUUUUCUUCAUCACUGGUUUGCACAUCAGAAAAUUGGUCUUCACUAUUGUCAUUUUCGGAAUCUAUUGUACAAUCUUCAGGAUUAAUUUUUCCUUGUGAAAAUAACUUAUUUUCCCACAUAACUAAAGUUUUUGUAUUCGGCGGAGGCAAUUUAAACCGUAUUUUGAAAUUAUUUUUUAUAUCUUCGACAGAUUGAUGGUUAUAUAGCUUUUCGUGCAUCCACACUGCAGCUACGAUCCUUUGUUCAUUAGUGUACGAAGUUGUUUUUGUAUUACUUGCAUCAUCCAAUUCUGUAUCAUUUUCGCUAUCUACUUUUUUCUCAAUUUGAAUACUCAUUCUGUUACUUGUUUAU